AUGCAGGGUAUGGAGAUAGCCUGGAGUGCAAUGACUGAGAUUGAACGGAAUAAAGUUCUCGAGACAGCGAAGAUCAUCAAAGAAGACAGUAAUCCAGUUGUUGAUUCAUGGUUAGACUUCGAAUACACAUAUAGCUUUACCCAGGAAAAAGACAGGGAGUUCAAGAAUGACGCCGUGGGAUAUGCCAAGAAACGCGAAUACUGGAUCAUUGAUAUAGGAUUGAAUGUUGAUCCCUUCAAUAACGCCUAUUCUACUCCUACGUCUUUGCAAACAGCUUGGUCUAAAAAAUCUAUCGAGGAAAGGAAAUCUAUCAUCACUAAAGCUAAAUAUGAAAAAGAACGCUAUGUUAGAGAUUUAGCGAGGAAAAAGGCUGAGAAAGCAGGUGAUAACUACAAAGCUCCUCCGACUGAAGUUAAGAAGUCAAGUAAACAUUCGUCUACGGCGAAAUCGUCUAGUAAUAAAGUCACCAAAUAG